CUUAAAACUCGCGGCUGCCACUUUAGCACGAGCCAGUCAGUCAGUCACAAACAAACGCUCGUAAACACAGAGUAUAUGAAAUAAGAUUAAAACGAUGGCGUCAGAAACAUGAUACAAAUGCUGACUUUACAACACAAUAUGGCGUAUCGUUAGUAUCACUGGAGGUUGUGAGGCUCAAAUCUCUGAGUGUGUUGAUAGUUUGAGGCGGUCGGCAAGAGGAAAUCCACUAUCUGUGUGUCAAAACACACUUUAUUCUUGCUUGGGCCACACGCAGGUGAAUUUAUCGCGUUUGGGGCUCAUAUUCAGCAUGGCUAAGCUUCAGUCUGGUAACGGAGUGCAGUGGAAGGACCGCAGGAGUCAGCGGGGCCCGGUGGAGAGUCUGGCCGAGCACGAGAGCUCUUCUCUGGGCACAGACUCUGAGCUCAACGGCUUCGCCAACACGGAGAUCCAGACAGACAAGUACGGAUUCAUAGGAGGAGCUCAACAAAGCGCAGGAGAAAAUGCUGAUAUUCCUCCAGACGUGCUCCGGCAGAGAGAAGCCAAAUGGCUGGAUAUGCUCAACAGUUGGGACAAGUGGAUGGCCAAAAAACACAAGAAGGUGAAGUUGCGCUGUCAGAAGGGCAUCCCUCCAUCACUCAGAGGUCGUGCAUGGCUUUAUCUCUCUGGUGGGAAAGUGAAGAAAGAACAGAAUCAGGGAAAAUUUCAGGAGUUGGACAGUCAGCCUGGAGAUCCUAAAUGGCUGGAUGUGAUAGAGAAAGACCUCCACAGACAGUUUCCAUUCCACGAGAUGUUCGUAGCUCGAGGAGGCCACGGGCAGCAGGAUCUGUUCCGGGUGCUGAAGGCGUACACGCUGCACAGACCAGAGGAGGGUUACUGUCAGGCUCAAGCUCCUAUAGCCGCAGUGCUGCUCAUGCACAUGCCUGCUGAGGAUGCAUUCUGGGGUCUUGUCCAGAUCUGUGAGAAGUACCUGCCUGGAUACUACAGCGCAGGCCUGGAGGCCAUUCAGUUAGACGGUGAGAUCCUGUUCGCUCUGCUCAAGCGCGUGUCCCCGGUGGCCCACCGGCAUCUGAAGAAAUACAAGAUUGACCCUAUCCUCUACAUGACCGAAUGGUUCAUGUGUGCCUUCUCCAGGACGCUGCCCUGGGUGUCUGUCCUGCGCAUGUGGGACAUGUUCUUCUGUGAGGGAGUGAAGAUCAUCUUCCGUGUGGGCCUGGUGCUGCUGAAGUGCAUGCUGGGAUCUCAGGAGAAACUGAAAGCGUGUCAGGGCCAGUAUGAGACCAUGGAGCUGCUCAGGUCAAUUGAGCCACGAUACAUGCAGGAGGCUUUCCUAGUGCAAGAGGUCAUUGAACUGGCCGUGUCUGAGCGUGACAUAGAGAAGGAGCAUCUCUCGCAGCUCCGACGCUGGAAGGAGACCCAUGGAGAGCUGCACUGUAAAUCCCCUCCCAGAAUGCACGGCGCCAAAGCCAUUAUGGCCGCUGAGCCGCCCAGUCGCCAGGACCUCAAACAGAACCCCACAAUCAUUGUCGAAGUACCACAGACCACCGAGAGCACGACGGAGAAAGGGGAAAAGACUAAAAAGACAAAAACGGAGAAGGUAAAAGACACGAAAAACACCUCGCCACCUCCUAAUCCGUACCCGCUACCCAGCGACCCACCAUUACCGAGCGACAUCCUCUCGCCCAGCGAAUCACAGCACCUGCAGAAAGACACGCCCCCGCAGGGCUCUAAUCAGAGUCUCAGUAGCGCCGAACAUGACACCUACCUGUAAAGCGCUGGAAGAGGGACACCAGUGCUGACCGCUGAAUGUUUUCUGUGCUGAAACAUCUGCCUUCCCUCUCUCAGGACUUGGCAUCAAAGGGGAGAUCACAUGACACCACUGGACCAAAACAUACUUAUGGGAGUCACAAUCACAUAGGAGACCUUGGGUGAAACUACAUCAUGAGGUUUUUAACUGUUUACAUGGUUACAUGUAUAUGUGUAUGUGCAUGUUUGGAAAUGAAAUUAAGGACGAAUAGCUAAAACCAACUCUCAGAUCUCCAAAUGAAGCGUUAAAGAGCUGUGCUGGAUGCAGAUGUGAGCGAGUGCAGAGGACAUUUCCUCCAUCUGCCUCAGGAGACUACAUAUGACUGUUUUUGUAUUUUAAAUUAAAAUAAUGAAAAAGUAUUUAGGACUAAAUUUAAGAUGUUGCUUUUAAAAUUUCCAUCCAUUUAGAUUGCACAGUUUUAAAACGAACCAAAUAAUAGCCUUAGUGUAAUGCAUAUUUGUCAGUCAUACAUAAAUGAAACGGUCAGAUUACUGUAAAAGU